CAGUAUCCCACUCCUUGUUCCAUACAAAAGCCACUGAACAUGUCUGAGGCUCCUUCAUCUACCAAGAAAGAGCUGGGGAAUCCACUCAUGACCGUACCAACAUAUCAAGAGGGUGUUGCAGCAGAGGUACAAAUAGGGUACGAUGCACAGUUACGACCCAACAGGUCUUUGCUGGCUGUGGUUGGUAUGGCUUUGGCCAUCGCUGCAAUUCCUUAUGGAAUGGGCGGACCAUUGAUGAGUGCAAUCUACGGGGGUGGCCAGCUUUCCCUUUUUCUAGGUCUCAUCGUGGUUCUAAUCCUUGACGGCUGCGUCGCGAUUUCGCUCGCAGAACUUUCCUCCCGGUUCCCAUCCUCAUCAGGAUUGUAUUACUGGACGCAUCAGUUGGUCGAAUCGGACACGUGGAAGAACUUUCUCUCCUUUACAACGGGAUGGUGCUGGUUUAUAGGCAACUGGACGAUUGCGCUUUCCGUAAACUUUGGAUUCGCUUCCCUCAUUGCCGGUACCAUUGCCAUCUACCAUCCCGAGUGGGAAGCUGAAGACUGGCAAUUGCUUCUUGUAUUCUUCGCUCUUUGCAUAACUGUCUUCCUUAUCUGCAGUUUCGGAGACAGCCUGCUCCCUUUUGUUGACAUGUUCGCGGCGGUGUGGAACGUCAUCACAAUUAUAGCCAUCAUCAUCGCCUUGGCUGCGACUGCCAAAGAAGGGCGGCAUUCGGCAGGUGUUGCUUUAGGAAACUACGAAUAUAGUCUAUCCGGAUGGGAAAAAGGCUUCACCUUUUUCAUCGGCCUGCUUCCACCAUCAUACUCGUUUUCUGCCAUCGGACUGAUCACUUCCAUGACUGAGGAGUGUUUUGAUCCUACGCUGGAGAUGCCCCGGGCUCUCUCCCUCACGAUACCAUUCGGAGGCAUUGCUGCAUUGGCCUUCGUGUUACCCUUGUGCUUCACACUCCCGCCUCUCGAAGAUAUCCUCGAGGCUCCCUAUGGACAAGCCUUACCAUUCAUCCUUCACAGAGUUAUGGGGACCCAAGUCGGAUCCCUGAUUAUCAUGAUCAUGGUUUUGAUUGUCACUCUCUUCUGCUCCGUCUCUAUCACAACCGCGGCUUCGCGUUGCACGUGGGCUUUCUCUCGUGAUAAGGCAUUGCCUUUCUCGAGGUUUUGGGAAAAGACUCCAUUCCAACAGCCGCUAUACAGUCUUGUGUUGGUCACCGUCGUGGAGAUGCUGCUUGGUAUUAUCGUACUUGGGAGCUCUAGUGCUUUUACCGCUUUUGUGUCUGUUGGCGUCAUCGCUUUAUCGCUUGCCUAUCUUAUCCCUAUUGCCAUAAGUCUGUUUGGAAAGAGGAAGAUGGUUUCUCAAGCCAAAUGGACGGUUGGAAAGGUCUUGGGUUUCGGCGCAAACUCUGUGGCUGUGGUUUGGAUCACGUUCAAACUCGUCCUUUUCAGUAUGCCACAGACCAUUCCUGUCGAUGAAAUCUCGAUGAAUUAUGCGUCUGUUGUGUUGGUUGGGCUACUCACUCUAGCCGUUGGGUUUUACGUGUUUAGUGGCAGGAAAUCAUACAAAGGGCCACCUGCAGAAGUCGUUACCGUGGCGAUGUAA